AUGAUUAUUUGCGCAUUUUUCAGGGUGGAAAGCAACCCCACGGAGUCUACCACGUUUGGGAACGGAGGUGAUGGUUGUUAUUACUCCGGGCGAUUUCUUGGUAUCCCCAGCGGUGGAAUCGUGGGCGUAUUCGGACUGGGCGAUGUUGGACGACUAGCCGUGCAGUUCGCCGCUGCCUUUAGACUCCGUGUUUUCGGCUUCGACAUCUCCCUGGCCGCUCUGGAAGAUGCAGAGAAGGUCGGUGCAGAGGAUACAGUGGAUAGCUCCAAUGCGGAUGCCAUGAAGCAGCUUGCCGACAAGGUUACCAACAGCGAAGGACUAGAGGGAGCUAUCGUCGCCUCAGGCGCGGGAGCUGCAUAUAAAGCUGCGAUUCGGCUAACAGGAUUUCAAGGCACCAUCGUCACCGUCGGCGUCCCUUACCAGCCGGUUGGCGUAGAGAUGGCCAGCCUCGUGAAGAGGCGCUUUAAACUGCAAGGCACACAAACGGGAAACCCUGUCGACAUUAGACAGAUGAUGAGACUCGUCGAGAAGUGUCACGUCAUGCCGGAAGUGGAACUUAGCUGGAUAUAG